AUGUAUUAUAAGGUUCUUAUCACGUGCCCAAGAAAUUUGCGACAAACCUACUUCAAAUUGACUCCAAGCAACCAAGGCCUCUCUUCGGAGAGCGGAUACCUCGAUAUCGACAGCGUUCCUAUUAACGAUCUGAUGCCUUCGAUUGCGGAAGACGUCUGCAAAGCACAACAAUGCGGGGCAGAUGACAUGCUCGAGUACAUAUUGAGGCGGGCUUCGAAGACGUCAGAUGACCUUAUCGACUUGAAUAGCCAUGUUCUAUUAGACAGAUGCAUCAACAAAGUUCUGCCCAUAUGUAAUGGGCACACCCAAGAUAUCAAGGGAUUCCCGGUCUCAGAUAUCAGGAAGGCUCUCAUAGAGUACACGGCGUGUAAACAGGAGGAUGACUUGUACCAGUCCUUCGUCCUGGCGUCCAACACUGCUCUUGUGCACCUGAAGAGGCUGAAGAUCGAUGGUAUGCGUGAAGAGGAAAGCAAGGAAAUGCUAGACUCAGCAGCUGGGACUGAGCAUGUAUUGAUGAUAGGCCAAGAUAAGACACCCACGGUUGGAAAAGAUGGAAAUGAACUUGACAAAUCAGAGUUGCAAGAGGCUCCUGUUGCUGAGCGAGCGACACUCGUAGAACAGGCUCCGCUACGCAGAUCAGCUCGCAAGACCACUCAGGAAAGCACUCAAAUGGCAUCCAGGAAACGCACGUUGGGGGCUGAUUCUGAGUCUCGCAUGAGCAAGCGACCUAGGACGGAGGAGCCCGGGGCACACGUAACAAUUCAGACAGUGCUGUAUGCUGCUGAGAUACAGUCCGCCAAUAUUGCGGCGAAGCAUGCCUUCAAUUGUAUUGUUAUAAGCGACAACGUUUGGAUUUGGUAUUACAACCACCAAGGCCUCAUCAGUGUGGCAGGCGAUUCAAUUUGGAGGACUGGGAUCGAAACACAGCCUUUAAACUGCAUCUGGAAGGCGACCACAUUGCAGCCUCACACUAUCAAGGUCGACGGAAGAACGCUGAAACUGGACAACAGGGAGAGAGACAUCAGACUGCGGCUGGCAGGACGAGGGACUCGUGUUAUGGACGUCAACUGUGAGGCACUAAAGCAGGAGAAGCCAGCGGACAUGGUCGACGGCAUGGUGGAAGCUGGGAAGAAAUUCGAGGAUGUCCGAGGACAUGUGCCGAUUUUGCUCUUGUCGAAGAGGUUUCUGGUUUCCACAUCUACAAUUAGGCGUGCUCUUGGCCUCAAGAACCCUGAGAAAGGCAGCUGGAGGCUCGUCCUGCUUGUAUUCAAGAAGCUUUUGCCAAUCAAAGAGCUCCAAGGUGAUGAACUGGUCGAUGCAUGGUGGCAGUCACUAUGCCCUCUGGAGGGAGGGGAUCCAUCAUCGGUGGACGGCAAGGUGAUGGGCGUCUUAAAUGAUUAUGACCUUUCAUCUUUAGCAAGUUCUGCCAACCCAUCUGGUAACGAGCCGACUGGAACGAUACCAUUCAUGGCGAUUGAUCUCUUCGAGAAAAAUGGCCAGGAUGGCAGAUACAAGGAUGGCGAGUUGCUAAAAGGAGGAUUCCUGUGUUCAUGGGCCAAAGUUGAUGCCCGUGGAUGUGCUAAAGAGAAGAGGUAUUUUCUGGCUUACCCUAAAGUGCCUGACAACAUCAACAACUACAAUCUUGUGUUGAGACUGGCGAUCUUUCUUUGGAAGAGACUCCACACUCGUGAUGAUUUCAAGGGGGAUAAAGAGCUUGCUCAGUUAGAUCUGGAAGAUGCACCUUCAGAGACUGCUAGGCAGGUUGCAGAGAAGACAAUUGUGGAACUCGACCGUAAUCUUGAGGAGCAACCAGACAAGGACGUGUUUGAUGCCUUUUUAUCGAAGAUUCCAUCAAUAAAUUAA